AUGAUUGCUUACAUGCACACCACGGUUGCUUACAUGUACAUCACGGUCACCUACAUGCUAACCACAGUUACUUACAUUCACACGACGGUUACUUCCAUGUACACGACGGUUGCUUACACGCAUACGACGGCUGCCUACAUGCAAUCCACGGUUGCUUACAUGCACACCACGGAUACUUACAUGCACACGACAGUUGCUUACAUGCACACCACAGCUACUUACAUGCACGCCACGGUUGCAUACAUGCACACCACAGUUACUUACAUGCACACCACGGUUGCAUACAUACACACCACGGUUGCAUACAUGCACACCAUGGUUGCUUAA